GGCACAAGCGGCUUAAUUUGCCUGCUGCUCGUACGCCAUAUCAUAUUUAAUUGUCUUAUUUUAUAAUGAAGGCGGGCCUUAGACAGCUCAUUCCUUGUUGACGUAUUCUGUAAAGUAUUUUGAGAGGGUCAAUAAGCUAUCGUAGUACAACUGAAGUCACUAAGCGCCGUACUGUGAAGUGACCUCCGCUAAACAUGGCAGAUACUUCAGAGGAGCAAAAAUUCAGUUUGCGAGAAGUUUUGGACUCCUUUAGAGCAUGUCUGUCCGAAAAUAAAGAGAUCUUCAUCGAGGACUAUAUUGCAGGCUGGCGAGGUCUCGUGAGGUUCCUGAACAGCUUGGGAAGUGUCUUCUCAUUUAUCACCAAAGACGCUGUGGCGAAGAUUCAGAUCAUGGGCAACCACCUUAAAAGUGAGAACAGGGAACACUAUGUCACAUUCCAGUCUAUGGUGAAGUACGAGUUGGAGAAUGAACAGGUGGAGUUUCACAAAAGGGGUAACCUUUAUGAGUCAGGCUGCCGCACUAUCCUUAGGCUUCACCGCGGCUUGCAGUGGCUCCAGCUCUUCCUGGAUCGUCUGCGGACCAGUACAGAAGACAGCAAGACCUCUGUCAUGUGCUCUGAGGCCUACAACGAAUCGUUGGCCAAGUAUCAUCCAUGGAUCAUCCGUAAGGCAGCAGGCGUGGCUUUCUGUGCCCUUCCUGGACGGCCUACAUUUUUUGAGGUGAUGAAUGUGGGAACACCUGAACAAGUGGUUGCCAUGUUGGGGGAAGCGGUGCCCCUAAUUGCUGAGGUCUACAACAUCACAGAGGAGCUGUAUGCUCAACACAACAUGCUAGACUUGCCCUAGAAGCAGUGGCAGCACUGGUUGGAAAGUUCUGCAACACCUAGAUGAUUUGACCACCAAAGGCAGCUCUCUGUCUUUAUGUAAUCUGUCCAUAUUUUUAAAAGCGCAGUUUCUGUUUGAUACAUAAUAACACUGUGUGUCUCUUAUAUUCUCUGUUUUCUCGUAGUCUCAGUCGUAUGUUAGACUGUAAAAAUAUGAUAUUGUAAUCCAUUCAUCAUGCUUGUGAGAUGAUCGGUAAAGUGUUUGAGAAUGCUACACUGGAUAAUGACCCAAAGGGAUUUUUAUUGAAUUAGUUUAUAUUUAUCCUCAGGAUGCUUUUACUGUGGGACUGCUAUAAAGAUAAGUUUACGUACUAGUUUAAGUCAGAGAUUCUUAUUUCAGAUCUGACUUGUUUCUCCUGUAGUUCUUCUCAGGGUGGGCGAUCAAGAGUGAAUUAAAACUAUUGUUGUUGUUGUUGCUGACAUAUGUAAGCACUUCAUUGCCAGGCUAUGAUUAUAACUUGUCAUCAUGGUAACAUAGUCCACAGUGUCCUCAACACUGAAUCUGUAAAGUAUGGAUUUGAAUGUUAAACCUUUGUGUAGAACCAGCUGGAGACAGAUUGA